AUGGAACAAAAUUAUAUCAGUGACAAUAUAUUUAAACAAAUAAAAGAUUUUAAUUUUCGGAUAUUAACCGAAGAACAAGAAUUAAUAAUUAAUAAAUUAAUAUUAAAAGAAGAAUUAAAAGAAUGUUAUAAAAAGUAUGGUUUAUGUGAUGAAUGUAAACAGCCUAAUACGGGUAAUAUUUGGUGUCAUUCAUGUAAUGCUAAACGAUUUCAACAAAAUUUUAAAAAUUGGACAAGUGAAAAUUCUAAUAUUGAUAAAUUAAUUCAAGAAUCUCAAAUUAAUGCACAAAAUAAUUGGAAAAAAUUGGAAUGGAUUGAAAAUGAUAGACUUGAAAAUAUUGAAUAUGUUGCUAAAGGUGGUUUUGGAAUGAUAUAUAAAGCAAUUUGGAAAGAUGGAUGGAUAUAUAGUUGGAAUCAUGUAACAAGUAAAUGGAAUAGAGAUGAAAGAAAUACGAUUUUUGCUUUAAAAUGUUUAAAUAAUUCAACAUUAGAAUUUUUAGACGAGAUUAAAACACACCUCAGAAUGAAUAAUUCAGAAUGUAUUAUUAAAGUUUAUGGUAUUACUAAAGAUCCUAAAACAAAUAAUUUUAUGAUGGUAUUGGAACAUGCAACUGAUGGUAAUUUAAGACAAAGAUUAAGUAAAUAUUUCGAUUCCUUUAGUUGGAGGGAGAAAAUUGGCAUGUUAAGAGAUAUUGCGUUUGGUCUUAAUGAGAUUCAUGAAGAGGAAUUAAUUCAUCAAGAUUUUCAUAGUGGGAAUAUAUUAAACAGUUUACGUGAUUCCACUACAAAUAUUACUGAUUUAGGAUUAUGUAAACCAGCAAAUAACAAAUCAGAGAAUUACGAGAUCUAUGGAGUAUUACCAUAUGUAGCCCCCGAAGUUUUAAGAGAAAAAAAAUAUAUCCAAGCAAGUAACGUUUAUAGCUUUGGGAUUAUUAUAUAUGAAGUAUUUAAUAUAUUACCUCCCUACCAUGAUAUUGCUCAUGAUGAGUCAUUAGCAAUAAAAAUCUGUCAGGGACAAAGACCAGGAUUUAAUAUAAAAGUACCUCAAUUAAUAGAAGAUAUAACUAAACAAUGUGUAGACGCAGAUUCAUUAAAAAGACCAACUACAAAAUAUUUGAAAGAAAUAUUUGAUCAAUGGUAUGAUUUAGUCUAUUAUAAAAAAGACAGUGAAAUUUGUAAACAAAUUAAUGAAGCAGAUGUAUUUAAUGAAAAACUUCCAUCUUUUGCAAAAUCUGAAAAUUUUACAUAUACAAUACAUCCUCAAGCUAUUUAUACAAGUAGAUUAUUAAAUUUUGACAAUUUAUCCGAACCAAAAAAUGCUGAUUGA